CUGCUGGUUUUUAUUAGUUUUACCCGAACUCCUCGACAAGAAGGGAGUUAUGCGCGCAGGGUGCGCCAAUAUUCUUCCAACCACCUCACUUGCGGGCAGCGUGUAAUUCAGAAAGUUCAAAUUACAGGGGAAGUGCCGAAGAAUAGUGUCCAGUUUCAGUUCACACGGUUAUACCACAGCUUAGCCAUGCACCGAGUACAAAAGCGGUUCUUUGAUUAAAAAAAUCAAUGGAUGCUUCUGUCUUGCACCGUCUAUAACACUUUAAACAGACAAGCUUGAACUUACAUAGUACAUACGUGUGCGUUUAUAAUCGUGUCUGAGAUCUGAUUCCUUAACUUGCGCUGUUUUUGAAUGCAAUGCAUACCUACUUACAAUCGACAUUACGUCCCUGCUUUAAACUGGUACGCCUCCUACACAAAUAACCUUAACAGAAUUGGGAAAAAAAUAAUCUUUCACUGCAGACUUCGUACACAUCGACUCUGUUCUUAUCUAUAAGUACAAUGCAACUCGCACAACACAGGAGUUUCUCUAUGUAAAACUAAAAAAAUAAAUAGGGUUCAAUACUUCAGAUUUCUGGAACUGAGCAAGUCAUGCCGAUCAAAAAUCAUAUCGUCAAUACUAGUUUAAGAGAAGAACAAAGGCCAAUCGAAUAUGGGUAUUUAUAACUUUAUAUUUGAUGAAUAUAAAAUUGUUAAAGCAACACUGAAACUUUAAUGUAGAUGAAGCAAUAUCUCUUAAAAGUGCCCAAAUGUUUUUUUCAACCAACUUUAAAAAGUUUCUUUAAGCUCUUCUAACAGCCGAUCCCUUUUAAGUGAGCUCGAUACUGAGCUUUCCCACGCUUUCCCCGACCCGCGCGUUUGACGUACAGAGCAGACGUCAUCACCUUGCACCAAUGGGAAAAGAGUCAACUUCAAACCGGGAGCGAUGUACUGUCAAUCAAAGCUUGUUGCGGGUUGUGGGACAGAGUGAGCUCAGCUAGACAUUGCAACAUUGAUAUAGCUUAUACCGUGGGAAAGAGCGUCAGACUGGCUUCAGGCUGCCAACAGGGCGCAUGAUCUGGGUGGCUUGAGCUAAACGGCAAGCUUCUAAAAAACAGAUCACGAAAUAAUUUUCUCCAGCCACAAUGAAACGUCCCUGUGAAGAAAGUUCUUCAGAUAGUGAUAUUGAUGAAACCAUAGACGUAGGGAGCGAAAAUAUCUACGCAGGACAAGACAAUAAUGUACUCAUGAGAGCUGGGUCUCCGUCAACAACUUCCCAAAUCAUGGCUAGAAAGAAAAGAAGAGGGAUCAUUGAGAAAAGACGCCGGGAUCGCAUUAACAACAGUUUGUCAGAGCUUCGUCGUCUGGUCCCCACUGCUUUUGAGAAACAGGGAUCAGCAAAGCUAGAGAAAGCGGAAAUACUUCAGAUGACGGUGGACCAUUUAAAGAUGCUUCGGGCGACCGGAGGUAAAGGGUUUUUUGACGCUCACGCUCUCGCCAUGGACUUUAUGAGCAUCGGUUUCCGGGAGUGCUUAGCCGAGGUGGCUCGUUAUUUGAGCUCGGUGGAAGGUCUGGACACCUCGGACCCGCUGCGUCUCCGUCUGGUCUCUCACCUCAACACGUACGCCUCGCAGCGAGAAGCGGCAGUGAUGAGCUCGUCGGUGGCUGCUCACCACCACCACCACCACCAGCAGCAGCAUCAGCGGCACCAGCAACGGCUCCAGCAGCACCAACAGCACCAGCACUGGGCCGCCGCCUUCCAUCAGCUGCCCUCCGCUUUGUUGCAGCACCACGGCCUUGCCAGUGACCGGCUGCUGGCCACCGCCUCUUCUGAACUGCACCCAGGGCCGUGGCUUGUAACCCACUGCAAGAGGCACCAGUACUGUUACGAGCAAAUCGACAGCAAUUUUACACGCGAGCUUUCUGCUUUCAAGUAUCCUAAUGUGGACUAUUUUGUGUACGCAAAUUAUAACCAUUCCGCUGUGUCUCCCAAAGGAGCCUUGUUCUAACUGACACGACAACUUGCCACCGGAGAGAAAAGAAAUCCUUAUGCCAUUAUCCACCUGAGAAUAACGGAAUGAAUCAAACCUGGCUGAUUUUGGAUGCUAGUUCCUUCCGAUCGCGAUAUACAGGGUAUCUUUAUGGAGCAGAUUUCUUGGCUUCCCCAUUUGAAGCGUCCUCCUACAAGAGCGACCGGUCUCAUGUAGAAUGACAGCAGUGGAACAAUGGAUUAAUUCAUUUCAGUUGAAUCGAAAGGCUUUGGCCGUCUUUCGGUUUUAUUUUCGCCGCUGGGAUGCCCGAUAGUUUCCCAGUGAGAUUGGAUGCUUUCGGUGGCCGCCGGAAAACGCUGUGAGACAGCGCCUACCACAGACGAGCAGGAUCUGAGGAACUGUGCGGAGUUCUCACCGCUGCACCUGCAGCAUCAAAAGCAAUAAUGCCAAGACAGCACUCUCACACCGCUGUGCCUCUUUCUGAAAUUGCCGAAUAUAGUGGCAGCAGCAGUAGUAAUUAACCUGUCCCUUAUUUAUGGGAAGUACAUUUAUGCGCGAAUAUCAGGUUACGGCUGUGUCGUCGGAACUGCAGUUUCGCAUUGGAUUGGAAGUGGCUUGGUGUUACAAAGUCUGAGCUGAUCUGGACACAUUGAAGUUCAAAGGAUUGACUUAUCAUUCUAUGGGUCAAAUUGAGGUUAAAAACCAAGGGGCAAAACAACAUUUACAGUAGUUCAUGUUAACUUCUUUAAUCAUUCAUCCAUCGCCCAAGUUUCACUUAUCCAAGUCUAAAAUCGAUUGCUCAAAUUCUUAAGUUAUAGCCUUUAUUAAUUAAAUAUUAACUAAACUAAAAUUUGCGUAUUUUCAGAUGCACCACCAGGCAGUGGAAAGAGCAAAUGGGGACAUAUAUUAACAUUUUUUCUGAAAAUAAGCACAUAGUCCUAUCUUAACAUAAAUUUAUAAACUCGACAACCUUGUCUAGUACAAAUAUAAAUCCUAACACUUACUUGUAAUUGACAGCACUGUGCACUCUGCCCUUCUUUUAUCCCGAGACAGUUGGUGCACAGUGAAUAGGGGAGCAAGGGUAACUUUACCCCACGUCAUUGUGAUUCUCUCAGGAUACCCAAAAUAGAUCAUCAUAAAUAUUCCAAUCCAUAAGUUUUAAGUUCAAAACAAAAGAAUAGAGAAUCUCUCCAUGCUCCUCUUUGGAGUUUAUUUUGUUCCCAGGACAGUUAUACCUUAAUUAACUCAUAUUAAUGAAGCACUUGAAAUCAUUCUUGCCAUUGUCUCUUGAAAAUUAAAUCAUACUAAUGCAAAUGUGCAUUGAAAUGGAUAAAAAUUAGUCAAUUAAGCAUGAAAAACAGCAAAACAAAUACCAGUGAAAUGGUAUUUUUCCCCAAUGGCUGUUGGCAUACUAAAAUAGAAUUCUACAAAUAAAUUUACUUUUGUUGCAUUUUAGUCUCACCUUCCAUGUCUUUGUGCUUAGUAUACUUUUAUUGAAGUUAGGUUAAAGGGAUACAAUUUCUCUAUUGUUGCAGAUUAAAUAUUUUGGAAGAGGAUUCUGCUUAACUGUUUUUAAAAUGAAAGUGGAAGUCAUUAAGAUGCUAAAUCUUGCCACAUUAAAUGUUUCCAGACAAUAAUAAAUUAAUUAAUGCACUGCAUUGGACUAUGACAUAGCAUCAGUUUGAUAUAUUAACUAUGCAAAAGUGAUGAUGAAAUAAUUUGUUCUGUUAAACUUAUUUGGAACUGAUGGGCCAAUGUUCUGCUUUGGGCACUUUGUUUGGAUUAAGCAUUUUCUUUUGCCGAUGGCACUGGCAAAUUAUCUGUGGCAAAUAAUAAAUUGUACAUACUUGGGGUUGGGGACCAGGCAAGAUACCAACAACACUUAAUUGUGCAGUUGAAACCUGUGGUCAGUAAAUUUUUGUUUUUUUUUAAAACACAUUCAACCUUUUAGAUAUGCCUGUGGAAGACAAUAUGCCUAUAUGCCUUUUAGAAAUGCCUAUGGAAGACAAUAUGCAAUGGGACAAAGAACAGUUUGUAGAAGAAGCUUCCUAUGUGUACAAGAGCAAUGUUAUAUCAUCAUCAAAUUGUACUUGUUGGGUCUUUUACCCAGCCACGUUCCCACCUUCACUAAUCUGCUGCUAAAUAUAAUGGCCUAAGGUUAUGCAAAUUACUUUUAGUUUGAACCCUGUCCAAAAUGCAACUUGUUUUUUUUUAAUUAAGAUGUAAAAUACAACAAAAGAAUAUGUUUGUACGUAAAGUCAAAGAUUAGGAUUUGUGUACAAAUAUAGCACUGUAGAUAAUAUGUUGCACUUGAAAUCUCUGCUGUGUGGAGAAGACAGUGAUAAAAAAAAUAAGUUUACUGUAUGCAGGAAAUGAUAAAAUACAAAUGACACUUUUGCUUAUUUACCUGCAUUCUAUAACCUGUUAUACAUUAAAUGUUUAUAAAUAUACGCUGGU